UUUGGAUCCGGGGGGCGAGUUGCGGCUCAGCCUUCUCGUCCGCUCUUCCUCGCACUUGGAUCAUGCCUUUCUCCACUGAUGCAAGCUGGCCAGAAGGCUUUCUGAAGGCGUUCAACGUCACUCGUAACAUAGACGUGCCUCAACAUCGCUAUCUCGCACUUUUCAACAAGCUCCUCUACUAUACUUUCACCGCAGGGGACUUCUCCCUCUCCUCUUCCCUGCAGAGCGGGCCCGGUGAAAUGUUUCCGCUCGACCCCACAGACUUUGUUGUCUCUUAUGUGGUUAUCACUCAACAGCAGAAGCCAGUUUUUAUUGUGGACAUUAAAGACAACAGAUCCGACAGGCAUAAUACGUGCCUGAAGGCGGAUGCCCAGAUACGCCAACGGUACGAUAAGUUACUUCGCCACUGCCCCAUUCCCCGCCUGUAUGGGUUAAGCGUGCUGGAUACUUCCCUUCGCGUUUAUUGUGGCCACAAGGACACGGGCGAUAUUACACCUUGCAUGGUUGACCGCCCCAGUGCGGAUUGUGAUUUGCCACCCGACUUCUUGGAGGGGGAGUGGGAUUUAGACCUCUUGUCUCCGGCUGGAUUCAACAAGAUGCAGGAGAUUGUUGCGUAUGUCAAGGCGGAGGUCGCCAAAAUUGAGGAGCAUUGAAUGAGGUGGAGGCUUUUUGAACGACCGUUUUUUUUUUCAAUGGGGCUCGACGUUUUCUACAGCUGUUAUAAGUAGACGAUAUCAUUGAUGUGUUGGCGAAUUUGCCAUUCCUGAACGACAUUAUGUAUCCCGUUUUCCGUGAUGUAAAUUCUGGCUGGUAAUGCAAACUCCGUUUUCGUGCAGGAGUUGUAUGCUUGUUG